AUGCAUCUUCAAUCAGGCGAAAGUAAUGGACCUGCGGCUUCCACCAGCCGGCAGAAUGAUUCCAGCAAGAAGUCGUUGCCAUUCGGGCAAGAUGUCGCCUUCUCUUCGAUCUCUGGACCGACUUAUCUCACUGCGCAGACACUCGUUCAGCAGGUCGCGUACACUCUCUCAGACAAGCUGUUCACCUAUUCGCCAGAGUCAUUUGAUCUAGAUGUUGCCGCCCGGGCUUGGCAGCAGGGUCAGCAGAAGAAUGCCUACAACCAAGUCACCGGCGUACAGUGUCUCGAGACCCGUGCCGGCGCCGGCAAUAUCACCCUGGGUUACAUGUUCAGCAGCGAUUUCGACCUCGAGAGACGCCACAUGCCCCAAACAAUCAUCGCUAGUGCAGCCUCGCUCUAUCAUCUGCGUCCUGCGCUGGACCAAUUGAGUCUACUCUACAAUGUUGCCAACCCGACCACCCUUCAAGUGGCUGCGGUCGACUACUCCGCUCAGAGCAAGGCAGGUCUCGUCACGGAUUACUGUGCAGCAUUCACGCUGGCUGAAGAGCUCGGUCUGGGUCUGAUCACAAGCAAGAGCACAUACGAGACGCAGCACAUGGCCCUGCUGUCGACUCUUUUGGCGUCCAUCGUACCCACCAUCCACACGUACGACGGCAUUAGCGUCGGACGUGAGAUCACGCGUGUCGUCGAUGUUCUCAACGUCUCCAGCCUCAAGCGGGUCUACGACAGCGUUCUGGACGUCGUCAAACCCGAUGUCGCUUCAAAGCGUUUGACAAACGAGGGCAAAGUUGCCAAAUUAUUGCUUGCCUUCAACGCUGAGCUGGGUACUGAGUACAAGUGCUUCGAAUACCACGGCCACAGCGCAGCGACGAGUGUCUUGGUCGUCUUUGGAACUGUGGAGGCGAGCUUGUCUGGACAGAUUGCUGAUGCCCUCGCGAAACAGGAUGCGAAGGUCGGUGUGAUCAGUGUACGGGUGUACCGACCCUUUGUAGAGGAAGAGUUCCUGUCGGCACUUCCUGCAACUGUGCAGAAGAUCACUGUGCUCGGCCAGGUGCAAGACCAGGCCCUUGCAACUGACUCCAGCGUGAACAGCAGCCUCUUCUCGGACGUGCUUGCGGCUGUCAACUUUUCAAGCAUGACCUCGGGCAAGACUCCCAGCGUUUUCGAGAUCAAAUAUUCUCGCGAAAUUGUCUGGACGGUCGCCAAGCUCCAAGCCAUCUUGCAGCGUUCCGUCGCUGGCUCGGAGACCCCCUCGGAGCAGAGCAUCGUUUCAUUAUCGAACCAAGAUCUCAAGCAGUAUGUCUUCUGGGAUGUUGAUGGCAGCCAGAGUGUGAGCGCUCCUGCCAUGAUCGGUCAGCUCUUUUCCGGCAACAGCGCGCUCAAUGUCGCCAUCCGUUCCUCGCACGACAAUCUUGUGCAAGGUGGAGCUUUGCGAACGGAGUUGCGAACCUCUUCUCGCAGCAUCGAAGCGGCUCACAGCAUCGAGGCGGCUGAUUUGGCUGUCAUCGGGGAACUUGAUCUGCUGAAGAGCUUCUCUGUUUUGGACAGUUUGGCGCAGAACGGCACCUUGCUUAUCAAGAUUCCAGGCUGGAAAGAGGAGGACGCUGAGAAGAAGCUUGGCCCUUCCGUCCGCAAGGCCAUUGCUGCAAAGGGGGUCGCUCUGUGGAUCUUGGACUGUUCCGCCAGCAAGAGCGUAGAGGAGGACUCCAGUUUGCAGUCCUUCCUGGUGCAGCUCGCUUUCUUGAAGCUUGCCCGGCCCGACCUUUACAAGACAGGCUUGGACCGUCUGAAGUCCGAUGGCGACGUGCUCGAAGCACUUUCCAAGGAGCUCGAUCAGGCAUUGCUUAGGGUCGACGUGCCAGAGGGCUGGCGUACUCUAGAACUCGAGGCAAACGAGACUCUGCCACCGGCGGCUGACCUCAAUUCCAACAGUUUCGCGCCUUUCGACCGGACCGAGGAGGAACCGCCGACUUUGCUUCGCGACUGGACCAUCGCAGCUAAGGGUCUCGUAUUCAAGGAGGCCUAUGGAACGUCUACAGCGCUGCGGCCUGAUUUGAGCGUGAAGACGGCUGUCGUUCACGUCAAGGAGCGUCGCCGAUUGACUCCCAAGUCAUACGACCGUAACAUCUUCCACAUCGAAUUCGAUCUCGGUGACAGUGGAGUUACAUACGACAUUGGUGAAGCACUGGGUAUUCAUGCUGAAAAUGACAAGGGUGAGGUCGAGCAGUUCAUCAAAUGGUACGGAUUGAACCCGGAGGAAAUUGUCGAAGUUCCAUCCCGUGACGAUGACUCUGUCCUCGAAAACCGUACCGUCUACCAGGCUUUGCUUCAGAACGUGGACAUCUUCGGCCGACCGCCCAAGCGAUUCUACGAGGCGCUCAGUGAGUUUGCUUCGGAGGAAAAAGAAAGGGUCGAGCUUCUGAUGCUCGGUACCGGUGGCAACCAGGAGGCUGUGCAGGAGCUCAAACGACGCGCCGAGGUCGACACUGUGACAUUUGCUGAUGUUCUAUUGGAGUUCCCUUCUGCGCACCCCAGCUUCCACGACAUCGUCCGUAUUGUCAGCCCGAUGAAGCGGCGAGAGUACUCUAUCGCAUCGUCGCAGAAGGUGACGCCUAACAGCGUCAGCUUGUUGAUUGUCACGGUCAACUGGGUUGACCCUAGUGGUCGCGAUCGCUUCGGUCAAGCGACAAGAUACUUGAACGGCCUCACAGUCGGUUCGCCAGUCACAGUGUCUGUGAAGCCUUCCGUUAUGAAGUUGCCGCCAAAGUCGACUCAGCCUAUCAUCAUGGCUGGACUCGGUACUGGUCUCGCGCCGUUCCGCGCCUUUGUUCAGGAGCGCGCCUGGCAGAAGGAGCAGGGCAUGCCCAUCGGCGAGGUUUUCCUCUACAUGGGCGCCCGUCACCAGCGCGAGGAGUACCUGUACGGCGAGGAGUGGGAAGCUUACCAAGACGCCGGUAUCAUCACCUUGCUCGGUCGGGCUUUCAGUCGAGACCAGCCGCAGAAGAUCUACAUCCAGGAUCGCAUGCGCCAGACCUUGGACGACAUCCGACGCGCCUACCUGCAGAACGACGGUGCGUUCUAUCUCUGCGGACCGACCUGGCCUGUGCCGGAUGUUACCGCAGUGCUUGAGGAGGCGGUUGAAGUCGAAGGGCGGGCUACCGGCAAGAAAUUGGAAGGCCCUAAGGAGAUUGAGAGGCUCAAGGAGGAGUUGCGAUACGUGCUCGAGGUGUAUUAA